GCAUGCAUAUGUUUGUUCCUCUCCUAUGUUUUAUGAGCAUGCUAAAAUUUGCAUUAAGAAAUGUAGCAGCUGAUGAUGGCACGCAUGUGAUGGGCACAAACACAAUAGGAGUUAUUACAGACAACAAAUCUCGCAACGGUAAAGAGGAGAUAGUGGCAAUUAAGAUGGCAUUGGAGGAUUUCUAUCAAUAUAGCAAUCAAAACUUUGGUCUAGAUCUUCAGAUAAGGAACUCACAUGGGGAUCCCCUUCAGGCUGCUCUUGCAGCUAGAGAUCUUAUUGAUACAAAGCACGUGGAAGCAAUAAUAGGACCCCAAACAUGGGAAGAGACAACUUUGGUGGCUGACAUUUGCAGCCAAAACAUGACACCGGUUCUAUCUCUAGCUGAUGCAACUCCAAACUGGUCAACUUUGAAGUGGCCAUUCCUUGUGCAAGCCUCACCUAAUCACUUUAAGCAGAUGAAAGCAGUAGCAGCUAUUGUUCAUUCCUUUGGAUGGUACGAUGUUAACAUAGUUUAUGAUGAUAGGGAUUCUUCAUCCACAAGAAUGUUAUCUCAUCUCUAUAGAGCUCUAAGCAAAGCAUGUGUGCAAAUAAGCAAUCUUUUGCCCAUCCCAUUAAUUUCCUCUUCAUUGUCCCAAGAACUUGAGAAGCUUAGAGAAGGUCAUUGCAAAGUCUUUGUUGUUAAUUUGUCCCUUUCUUUGGCCAUAAACCUGUUUGAAACUGCAAAAAAAUUGAACAUGAUGGAGAAAGGCUAUGUGUGGAUCAUCACUGAUCCUUUUACAAGUCUUGUCCAUUCCUUGAAAGCAUCCACUAUAUCCUCCAUGCAAGGGAUAAUUGGAGUUAAGAGCUACUUCCCAGAAAUAGGGGUUCAAUAUGAAGAUUUCUACCUUAGAUUUCGCCGAAAGUUUAGCUCAGAGAACCCUCAAGAAUUUAACAAUGAGCCUGGGAUAUUUGCAGCACGUGCUUAUGAUGCUGCAUGGACUCUUGCUCUAGCCAUGACCCAAACCGACAAUAAAGGUGGUCAAAUUUUGCUAGACAACAUUCUGCUUAACAACUUUACUGGCUUAAGUGGAAAAAUUCAGUUCACUGACCAGAAGUUAGAUCCUUCGAAUACUUUUCAGAUCACCAAUGUGAUAGGGAAAGGUUACAAGGAAGUGGGAUUCUGGUCAGAUGGACUAGGUUUCUCAAAUAAUAUAGGCCAAAAUGCUACUACUUUCAAUUCUUCAAUGAAAGAACUAGGACAAGUUUUAUGGCCAGGAAGACCUUGGGGAAAUCCAAGAGGAUGGACCCCGCCAACAAGUGAUAAACCACUAAGAAUUGGUGUCCCCGUUUUGGCCACAUUGAAACAAUUUAUAAAUGUGAUUCAAGACCAAACUGAAAAUACUAGCACCUUCCAAGGAUUCACUAUUGAUCUUUUUAGAUCAACUAUGGAGUUGUUGCCCUAUCAUUUGCCAUACAAAUUCUACCCUUUCAAUGACACAUAUGAUAAUUUGGUGAAGCAAGUCUAUUUGAAGAAUUUCGAUGCAGUAAUUGAUGUGACAAUAAUCUCAUAUCGAUAUCAGUACGCAGAAUUCACUCAGCCAUACACUGAUCCGGGAGUGGUGAUGGUAGUCCCACUUAAAUCAAAAUUAGCACAUAGAACUUGGUUAUUUAUGAAACCUUAUACAAAGACUAUGUGGGCUCUAAUAUUGGCCAUGAUUAUCUACAAUGGCUUUAUUCUAUGGAUGUUGGAAAGACGCCACAAUCCUGAAAUUAGAGGUUCCAUGUUGAAUCAAACUGGGAGCAUGGCUUGGUUGGCAUUGACCCCUCUAAUCAAGUUAGAUGGGGACAGGUUACACAGCAAUUUAUCAAAGAUGGCUAUGGUGGUUUGGUUGUUUGUGGUACUCAUCAUAACACAGACUUACACAGCUAACCUUGCCAGCAUGCUAACUGCUGAACGGCUUGAACCUACCAUAGAUGAUAUCGAUCAGCUACGGAAUAGCAACAUCAAGGUUGGAUAUGGUACAGGAUCCUUUUUGAAAAAUUAUGUGCAGAAAGUGUUACAGUUCCACCCUGCAAACAUGAGGCACUUUGGAGCACUUGAAGAGUAUGCUGAAGCUCUCAGAAGGAAAGAAAUAGGAGCUGCCUUUCUUGAAGUUCCUGCAGCCAAAAUUUUCCUUGCGAAGUACUGUAAAGAGUUUAUUCAAGCCGGGCCUUUGUAUAAAAUUGGAGGAUUUGGAUUUGCAUUUCCAAGGGGGUCUCCAUUUCUUCCAAGUGUAAACAAAGCCCUUCUGGAUUUAUUUGAAACUGGCAGGGUACGUGAGUUAGAGAACAAAAUGCUUGCAUCAGAGCAAUGUGAAGACACAGAACUAGAUGGAGAAGCUGGAAGUCUUAGCCCCAACAGCUUCUGGGUCCUCUUCAUAUUGACAACAGGCACAUCAACUAUUGCUCUCUUGGUUUAUGUUUUUCGCAGAAGUUAUGCAAACCAUGAAGAGAGAACAAUAUGGAGACUACCAAUGAUGAUCAUUGAACAAUGUGGCCAUGCAAAGAGGCGAAUCUCAAGAAAAGUUAGUGAUGUUACAGAAAGUCCUAUGACCUCUCCAACCACACAUGCUACUCCAACUCAAGUUUAAACAUGUAGCAGGUUACAAUUGGUAUAGGAGUGGAAAGUGGUCCUAACACCUUAUUGCUAAAUAACUUAAUUUGAUAGAUUUGCUAAGCAAUGCAUUAGUUAGUAUGUUUGGUUAAACUAUAUGAAAAAAAAUAGUGUUGUAAAUAUCAAUGUCCCUUAAAGUUCUUAUAAUAAUAAUUUGAAGUUUAAUUAGGAUAAUAAGAUAAUCUUUCCUACAAACUGUAGUAUUGGUUUAGUAAUAUGAUUGUUUGGUAGUCCAAGCCAAAGCCAAAAACGAGGGGGGUCGAUGGAUUUAUCUUUCCUACUAAACCAAACAAAGCAAAUAUAAUUUUGUGUUCAGCUCUUAAAA